AUGUCUUCAACACUAAUUAUAAAACCUUCAAUCUUGUCGACAACCACACCUCUUUCAUGUAUAUGUCCGAAUAGUAGUCGAAAUCUAAAUAGAGUUGCAAAUGCGCGUAUUAAUCAACAAGUGGUAGUAGACGAAACAUAUCCAUCCGCAUUUACACUAGUCAUUGUUGGUAUUUCACUAAUUAUUUGUGCUCUUAUUGGCAAUAUUCUUCAUAUUGUCUUUGUAUUGCGUUUACAAAAAACAUAUGUUAAACAACCAUUAAAUAUUAUAAUAACACAAAAUAAAUCAACAACAGCUUCAAAGAGAGCAUUGAGUCAAUCAAGUUUAAUAAAUACAAAUUCAGUGGGAUUAUCUACUAGUAUCACAAGUCUUUCUUGA